AUGAAAACAAUUUCUUUGAUUCCUUCGACAGAAUAAGUUGUGACAGGAUAAACUUGGAUUGGAGGUCCUACUUAUGAAUUAUAAAAGCAACAUGUACCUGGGUAUGCUGGACAUGUAAGAGGAUUAAAAGCAGGUGCUCAUUUAAUUAUAAUUUAGAAUCAUAAUAUGGAAAACCUUUUGCAAAGAUAACAGCUGAGUGUAUGGAAGAAAGAUUAGCUAGAUGUACAAAUUCUGAAGAGAGAGAAAGAUUAUAAACAAGUUAUAAGAUUGAGUUUGGAGUAUCAAUUUAACAGUUAUCUAGGAACCAAAUCUAAGAAAACCCUAACUUCAAACUGCAGCUGAAAGAAUUUUAGAAGAUGCUCGUCGAUAAGAAAAAGCUAUUAAUGAAAGAAAUUAUCGAACAUACUAGUAAAUCCUAUAAUUUGAAGUUUUUAGAUCAAUGCCUAAAACAAUUAAUGAUAUACCACCAAUUGAUAGAUUACCUGUGGUUGGAUAUCAAGGAUUCAGACCAGUGUUUAGACAUCCAUUAAAAUAAGUUGUUCCUCCUGAAAAACCUUAACCUUUUGUACAUCCUUUAAAUUAAAUGGAAAAAGAAAUGGCUAAGACUAUGUUAGAAACUAAUGAUAAAUUCAGAUAAACUGUAUUAGAUAUUUAUAUACUAGUAUGAAUAACAAAAACCUCCUAUUGUUGGAUAUACUGGAUUUAUGACUGGUAUUAAAGCUGAGAAUAUGUAUGGGGAAUCCUAUAAGGAUAUCAGUCAUUAAGUUUUAUAAAGGAAGUAAAGAUGAA